UACACUACGGAGUGCGCUACUAGAGGACCGUUAUUGAAUCGCUUCUAUCAAAAGAUUGAGCGAACAACACACCAAGAUCCUCAUCCUGGGUUAAUCAUUGCUUCACAUCACUUCUUCGAUCCUUACCCUCUUGUUAACGAGAUUGACCUACUCAGUCUUGCGACCAUGGAUCUCUUAAUCCAGUUUGCUUACCCAUCCUUAUCUGGUUACGGUAAGUUCACUAUUUCCUUAACAAUGAAGCGAUCUUACGGAGAGGAGAUCUCAUUUACGCUAGGUCAUGCUAUCCCCUUGACUUAUCAAGAUUGUAAGUAAAUUCCUAAGAGUGAGGUCUAUGCUCAUAUAUCUCGAUAUAUUAUGAAAUAUGAAGAAAUCUACGACGGAGAUUAUAUAGUUCGACUCAUGAUCCGAGUCUAUAUGGACAGCAAAAAGAUGGAUAGGCCUUCCCUAUCUUCAGAGGAGAGAGAUAGCUCCCUUUCUUCAAUCAUUCAAGGCGGAUUGAGUGAGAUCGAGCCAAUAAGAGCAAGAGAGAUCCGAAAUAGAAUAGUAAGCGUAGCCAUCCAACCCAUAUCACAGCACUCAAACCAUGUCGGACUGAGCUGAAAGCUUUCAUGGUAGCCGAUACCGAGACUAUACUGAUCGAUAACGUUCAUAAGCCUUAUGCUGCAGGUCUCAUGAUGGUUCGUCCCGGUGAACAGAUCAAUGAUAUUAUGAUUGAUACCUACUUCAGUGAAGACUACUCUAUAAUCUUGGAUUCCUUUGAAGAAAGGAGUACUAAGGUACUUUAUGACUUGAUAUUAAGGAUAUCAACGAUUGUUAGACAAGAACAAUCAACUUUAACAAUUUACUUCCACAACUUCUCUAGAUUCGAUGGUAUUCUCUUGCUAAAGCACCUAGCAUGUCAUCACAAGAGCUACAAGCUAAAACCACUGAUGAGGAACCAUAGGCUUUACGAGUUAGCAGUGUAUCGGGAUAAGAAACUUUUAUUCCGCUUCAGAGACUCCUUGAAUCUACUCCCUGGCAAACUUAGUUCCCUAGCUAAGAAUCUAUGCCCGGAUCUUGGCCAGAAAGGAUCAAUCCCUUAUGAAGAGGUUACACUGUAAAAUCUUGCUAGUAUGAAAAAACGCUUGUUAGACUAUAUGAAGCAGGACAUCCUUCUCCUUGGAGGUGUAAUGCAAAAAGCUCAAGAGAUAUAUUGGACGCUGUACAAGUUGGACAUAGAAAGCAAGAUUACCCUUUCCUCACUGGCUCUAAGCAUCUUUCGUAUGAAAUACUACGAUGCAAAUAAUUGGCCAAUCCACAUCCCAAACAUGAAUGAAGACUGCUUUAUAAGGCGUGCCUACUACGGUGGUCAUACAGAUACAUACAAGCCAUAUGGCGAGGACCUAUACUACUACGAUGUGAACUCUCUCUAUCCCUUUGUAAUGAAGGAAUUUCCAAUGCCUGGUGGCAAGCCUGUCUGGCAUGGAAAUCUGGAAGGUAAGGACUUAGAUAGCAUCUUUGGCUUUAUUGAGGCAUAUGUGGUAUGUCCGAAGACUAUCAAUAAGCCCUUUCUUCCCUAUCGAGACAAGAAUAAGACUCUCAUCUUUCCAACCGGGGAAUUUGUUGGAGUCUACUAUAGCGAGGAGUUAAAGUAUGCAAGAGGCCUAGGCUACACUGUGCUCCCAAUCUCAGGCUACCUCUUUGAGAGGAUGGAAAGUCCAUUCAGGGACUUUGUUAGCUCACUCUUUGAGAGUAGGUUAGAUGCUAGGAAAUCUGGUAAUGAGUCCUUGUCCUAUGUGUACAAGAUCCUUAUGAAUUCGCUAUACGGUAGAUUUGGAAUUAACCCUAAAAGCACUAUAACCGAGGUCUGCGAUGAAGAGAGAUACAAUGAUUUGAUCAGGCAUAGUGAGUUGAUAUUCGGUGAUAUGCUUAGCGAGAACAACUACAUCGUAGCCUACCAUAGCAAUACCGGGAAGGACGAAGAUUAUUGGAACCCACCGAAGAACUCAGCUGUCCAACUAGCUGCUGCGAUCACUGCCUCUGCUAGGAUCUAUAUGUACCCUUAUAUCUCAAGAGAGGACUGCUACUACACAGACACUGACUCAGUUGUGCUUGGUCAGCCACUACCUAAAGAAGAGAUUUCUUCUUCUGUCUUAGGUAAGUUUAAGCUAGAGGACAGAGUCAUGAAAGGAUACUUUUUAGCACCGAAAUCAUAUUUCUACAUCGCUAUAGAUGGAACCAAUGUACUCAAGUACAAGGGACCAGCCAAAAAGAUGGUAUCUCCUAAAUGGUUUGAGUCACAGUACGCAGACCCAUCUCGUACAGAACAGGUACAGGUUAAAGCAAACUUCCGGAUUGAUUGGCACACUCUUAACAUUAUCAAGAAAGAAACAUUGGUCAGGCUUGGAAUUAAGCUGGAGACAAAGAGGAUAGCAGUAUAUCACAGAGAUGUAUGGGUUGAUACUGAUCCGAUUGAUGUCAAAGACUUGUCAUGCCUAGAUCACAUAGGUAAACAAAUAAUAAAAUCACUAAGGAAUGAUUUAAUACUACUACAAAAUGAAAAUAAGAUUCUUAAUCAAUUAUUAUCUCAGAAGGAAAGAGAGAUUGAAGAGAGAUACAAAGAAAGAAUAUUACUCGAAGAUCAUAAGAAGAAGAAAGAGAAAAAGGAUGAACACGUAAGAGAUAGAGAAUAGUUUGACUCAUUCACACAAACGUAAAAGAGAAAAGAAAACGAAAAAGAAGAAGAAAGAGAAGAAGAAGUAAAGCCCUUUCACCCAGUGCUAUCUAUCUUAGGUUACUGCUUGAAUGAAAGCAUAUCUCAUAGGGAAUAACUCGUUCCAGUACCGCUACCACUUCGAGUCCGAGAAGGAUGCCUGAUGAAGAAGAUUACUCGUCUGGGAAAACCAGAUCAGGUAGGGAAGACAGACCUUGGAUGUCGAAGCUACUGACUAUUGGCUUCAGUGUCAGCAAAGUUAGGGGAUCAGGAAUCAGGAACGAACGCUGCACUGACGCCCUUUUGUAGGGAGCAGAGUAAACAAGCCCAAGUCUUGUUUCGAAUCUAGUCUCGGCAUCAAUCCGUGAAAGACUUCAAGCUCAAUCCCUUCCUUCCCCGCUAAAGAAUUGCAUCACACCGAACUGAAAAGAUUGGUAGUUCUUUAUUUUAUUAAGUAUUGGAUACAUAGCCUGAAAAGGCGAGGCCACCUCUAUCAAUAUAGGGAUGGGGUGGGGAAGAAGAGAGGGUAUGAGGGCUUCUUCCAAAAAAAA